CCAUUCGUCCAAACAGAACAUGAUUUCCUGAAGUCCCGCCCAGCCCAAAGGAGAACAUCUGGAAGCACCAACACUCUCCUGGACUAAACCAUCUGCUGGAGAAGGGGGGAGUCAGAGGUUACCUUUUCCCGUAGAUCUUUGGAGAGCUCCGAUGACUCAGGAUCCAGACAUGUCAGUGCAGCCCUGGAUGAAGGAUGAAGGUUCUGUAGAGAGUCCAGAAACUCCCAGACCUUUAGUGGACACAGUGGUUACAGGUAAACGGGUCACAGGAACCAUGAUCAGCCGCAACUUCAAGAAUGUCCUGGUGGUGUCCAUCGGGUUCCUGUCGCUCUUCACGGCUUACGGGGGUCUGCAGAGUCUGCAGAGCAGCCUGAAUGCAGAGGAGGGAAUGGGCGUGGCUUCGCUGAGCGUCAUCUACGCCUCCAUCAUCAUCUCCUCCAUGUUCCUGCCCCCCAUCAUGAUCAAGAACCUGGGCUGCAAGUGGACCAUCGUGGUCGGCAUGGCGUGCUACGUGUCCUACUCUGUCGGAAACCUCUAUCCUGGAUGGUACACCCUCAUCCCCACCUCGUUCAUCCUGGGUUUGGGUGGCUCCCCUCUGUGGUCGGCAAAAUGCACCUACCUGACCAUCUCUGGAAACAUCCAGGCGGCGAGGGACGGCAAGAAGGGCUCUGACGUCAUCAACCACUACUUCGGGAUCUUCUUCUUCAUCUUCCAGUCGUCCGCCGUGUGGGGAAACCUCAUGUCAUCCCUCAUCUUCGGACAGGACACGGCCAUCGCCGACAUCCCAGAAGAGGCGUUAGCAUCCUGCGGCGCGGCGGACUGCGGCCUGGACAUCUCCGUGAACAGCACCACCACCCGGCCAGCUCAGAGGCUGGUGUGGACGCUGGUGGGGUGUUACAUCGGUGUGGGGGUGCUGGCCAUGAUCAUCAUCGCCGUCUUUCUGGACAACAUCGACCAGGAGCAGACCAGCCAGUUCCGGGAGAACCGGGAGCCGUUCUGGCACACGUUCUUGGCCACAUUCCGGCUGCUGAAGGACUGGCGGCUGCUGACGCUCAUCCCGCUGACCAUGUACAGCGGCUUCGAGCAGAGCUUCCUGUCGGGGGAGUACACCAAGAACUACGUGACCUGCGCUUUGGGAAUCCACUUCGUGGGCUUUGUGAUGAUGUGCUUUGGAGCUUCCAACUCGCUGUUCUCCUUCCUGUUUGGGAGGAUAUCGCGGUACACCGGCAGGGCGCCGCUCUUCCUACUGGCCGCCUUGGCGAACUUGUCCUGCAUCAUCGCCCUGUUGUUGUGGAGGCCGGACCCGGACCAGCUGCCCGUCUUCUUCGUGUUUCCUGCCCUGUGGGGGAUGGCAGACGCCAUCUGGCAAACCCAGACCAACUCUCUGUACGGCGUCCUCUUCCCAAGGGAGAAGGAGGCGGCCUUCGCCAACUACCGCAUGUGGGAGUCGCUGGGCUUCGUCAUCGCCUUCGCCUACAGCACCUUUCUGUGCCUGGAAUAUAAGCUCUACAUCCUGCUGGCUGUUCUGGUUCUGACCGUCAUCACGUACCCAGUGGUGGAGUACUACGAGCACAAGAACCCCACAGAACCCGUCGAGGAGGGGGCCUACGACAACCACAAAGAAGCCCUGGAGGAAAAGUCAGACGGGAUCAUCGCUCAGACGAAGAUCUAGAGUCUGAGUAGGAGCUGCUGGAGUAGAACUUUGGGUUCUUCAGUUUUUACUCUUUCUGCUUUCUUCCCAGUGAACAUUUCAAUGUGGGCCCCAUUUAGUUUACCUUUGGGCUGAAUUGGUGGCCCUCAGGUGGGUUUGUCCACACUAGCUUAGAUGGGGACUCAGUGGUCUGGGUCCCUACGCUAACCAGCUGCCCGGUUGGACGAGUUAGCAAGCUCUGCUGUCCAGUGAUCCAGACUACUGAGUCCCCACUCAACCCAGCAUGGGCAAACACAGGUGGGGCCACCACGGAACCCGUGGACAAACCCACCUGGGGCCCACAUCGAAAUGUUUGCUGGGAAAAACCAACUUCAGAAACUUUGGUUUUCAUCUGAGGGUUCAAAGAAUCUUGAGACCGAGAACCAGACCUGCAGACGCGUGACAGACUGUUCAAGGACGAAGGAGGCGGAGCUUCUGAUGGACUCGAGCUCUUUACUUUUUAAUCCGAGCUCCACCCUUAUAUAACUACACACUAUGAAGCACGACUUAAUCAUUUCUAAAGCAUCACUUUGUCCGUGUUGUUAUAAACACUUUAUUCUUGUUUUGUUACUGUGCUAAUAAAUAUUAUAUAAAUACGUA